AGGGUCCCCGUGUCCAUGCCCGGGGGUGUUGGAGGGUCCCCGUGUCCGUGCCCGGGUGUGUCCGUGACCGUGCCCCGACGUUUUGAGGGUUCCCCGUGGCCGUGCUCAGAGCGGGCGCUGGGGUCCCUACAAACGCGGUGGGGGUCAGUGCACCGAGAGGGGUCCCCGGGGCUCUGCCGAGGGCCACGCUCCGGGAUCCCGACAGGGCAAGAAGCGCUCCCGUCCCCCCGAUCCGUGGGCUCCGUGCCUGUGCCCCCCCGGAGCUCCCCUGUCCGGGGCCGGCCCCCCACGCUCAAUGCCGCCUCUGUUUGCCACUCGGGCUGCUGAAAGGCACAUUGAGACCCUGCGGGAUGGGCCCUUUGUAGAAAGCCGUGGGAUGGCAGCUGGGGAUCUCUGCCCCGGGCUGCAUGGCACGGGGUGAGCACGGGUCCAGUCCCGGGUGGCUGCUAGCCGCCCGGAGUGCCCGUCUGCGGGAGCCCGGGUCGCUGCCACGUCCUCUGUGCUGCAGGGAGGGAGGUGGCAGCGAGGGGCAUUGUCGGCACCCCGGGCCCAUGGGUGGGCACAGCCCAGGGUGGGCUCACGAUGCUCACAUACGUGGAGGACACGCUGUGAGCCUGGGCAGGGAUGAGGGGCUCCUGUGUCUGUAAGGCUGGGCAGGUCAGGGUGUGUGUCCCUUGGACCUGGGCGCUGCUCUUCCUGCUCAGGUGUGGGCAUCCUGCUUGGGCGGAGCUGCCACGUGUCUCCCAGUGUCCCUGUGUGCCUGGGGACGAGCUCAUGCCUCAUCAGUGGGGUCGGUUCCUGGGGCUGUGGGAGCUGGGCCAGGCUGCCCAGACACUCUGGAGGGAGUAAGAGUCAUCCUUGCCACCCGAGGGGAACCCACUUCCUCCCAGGACUCUGUGGGGACGUGCCCCAGGACACCGUGACACGGGGCUCACCUUGAGCCAGAUGCCUCAGCUUGCUGCCUGAGCUGCAGUGACCAUGGGACAGGUAGAGGUGCUGGGCAGGUCAUGCAAUCCUGCCAGUAUGCUGGGGCUCCUGGUCAGGGGGUGCAGAGGGAGCCAGGUGAGAGGAGCUGAGAGUGAUUCCAGCAGCAAACAGCCCCUGGGCAUGCUGGCUCUUACCUGCAUGAGGUGGGAGCACCUUCUGCUGCAGGAGAGGGGAUGGGGCCCCUCGUGGCUGUGUUCUGCUGUCCCUCGAGCUCAGUCAGCACCAAAUCCAGCUCUUUGACCUUCUCUCUCCCCUCUUGCCACCAGGUUCUCCUCGCCCCCACUCUGAUGCCAGUCCCGCCCUGCCAUGAGUCUAUGAGCCCCCUCCGGAUCAGCGUGGGUGGUCUGCCCGUCCUCGCGUCCAUGACCAAGGGUGCUGACCCCCGCUUCCGACUGCGCUGGAAGGCCAUUGUGCUGUCCUCAGCCUGCGUGGGGUUUGUGCUGCUGCUCUUCUGCCUGCACCGUUCCUCCCCAGCACGGCAUGGCCCCCCCAGCCCUCGCACCUGGCAGCUUGGCCUGCAGACAGGGGACCGCUACAAUGACACCUACCCGCUGUCCCCCCCCCAGAGAAACCCUGAGGGCGUGCGCUACCGCAUCGGCGUCAUUGCAGACCUGGACACGCAGUCCCGGGGCUCCCAGGAGCACACCUGGUUCAGUUACCUGAAGAAGGGCUACCUGGUGCUGUCAGACAGUGGGGACAGAGUGACAGUGGAGUGGGACAAGGAUGAGAGCAUGCUGCAGUCCCACCUGGCUGAGAAGGGCCGGGGCAUGGAGCUCUCAGAGCUGGUGGUUUUCAAUGGGAAGCUGUACGCAGUGGACGACCGGACAGGUGUGGUCUACCAGAUCGAGGGCAACAAGGUGGUGCCCUGGGUGAUCCUCCCGGAUGGGGAUGGUACUGUGGGGAAAGGCUUCAAGGCAGAGUGGCUGGCAGUGAAGGACGAGCACCUGUAUGUGGGAGGACUGGGCAAGGAGUGGACCACCACGACAGGGGAGGUGGUGAACGAGAACCCCCAGUGGGUGAAGGUCAUUGGCUACAAGGGUGAUGUGAGCCACGAGAACUGGGUGACAAACUACAACACGCUGAGGGCUGCAGCGGGGAUCCGGCCCCCAGGGUACCUGAUCCAUGAGUCGGCCUCCUGGAGCGACACGCUGCAGCGCUGGUUCUUCCUGCCGCGCCGCGCCAGCCACGAGCGCUACAGCGAGAAGGCGGAUGAGCAGCGAGGCACCAACCUGCUGCUGAGUUCCACCCAGGACUUUGGGGAUGUGACAGUGGGGCGUGUGGGCGAAGUGGUUCCCACCCACGGCUUCUCCUCCUUCAAGUUCAUCCCGGACACGGAUGACCAGAUCAUCGUGGCGCUAAAAUCAGAAGAGGACAAUGGCAAGAUCUCCAGCUACAUCAUGGCCUUCACACUGGACGGGCGCUUCCUCCUGCCCGAGACCAGGAUUGGAAGUGUGAAGUACGAGGGCAUUGAGUUUAUUUAACAGACAGCUGGACCGAGUGGAGGCGUGCGGGCGGCUGAGGGGUGUGGGCAGGCUGUGCUAGGCUGCUCCCAGCCCGGGGUCCGUGAGGGAUGUCAGGCAGCGCUCCCAGCUCUGUCCUUGGCCCUGGGCUCUUCUGUAAAGUGUUGGCUGAGCUGCAGCAGGUGUGGUGCAAGUGUUUCGGCAGUGGCACCUGGUGGCAAGGGACCGCCACCACAGGGUGCUCCCGCCCCGGGGACAGUGUCCACAUCCUGGAGUGCUGGUGCCCAGGCCGGCCCCGCUGCAGCCCUUAGCGCCCAGCCCUGAAUUGCGACAGAACCAUCUGCAGUGGCUCUGGUGAUGUCUGCGCUCUGGGUUUGCAGCUGAGCCCCAGCUCUACUGCUCUGCCUUGUGUGCCACGAGGCUCCCUGGGUAGAGGGGGAGGGUGUGCAGCCAGAGUGGGUCAGACUUGGGGAAUUUCAUCAGGCUUUUUCUCCAGAAGCUGGUUUUCCUUCCCUUUUCCCUUAAGCUGGGUGAGGUGAUUGCUGGCAUGACACUUCUGUUUCAGAGAAAAGUCUCCCAUGGGAGGGGACAGUGUCUGUGUCCCUGUGCUCCUGUGACCGCAGGGGAUGCGGUGGUUCCCUCACUGCUGUGGUUCCAGCACAGUGGCUGUGCCUAUGGGGCAGGGGGAGCAACUGUGGGUGAUGGGGCCACCAGCUGUGGCCAGAUGUAAUGUGGGCCCAUCCCAGUGCCAUUCCCAGGCCGCACCCACGGAGGUGUGUGUGUGCUGGCCCUGUGUCUUCUCCAAGCCCUGGCUGCACAUGGCUCUGGCCCCAGAAAUGCCUCUGGCCCCAGAAAUGCCUCCAGCCCCAGAACUGUAGCUCUGGGAAGAGCUGAGCCCCAUACAGGAACCGCUGGGAGCUGGCAGCAGUGCAGCUGUGCUGUCCAAGGGCUGCCGUGCUCGGUGCAGGAGCAGAGCCAGGAGCCAGUUGUGCUUCCCAGAGCCGGCAGCAGCUGAGAAGCAUUGACAGCAGCCCAGGGCUUUGGCCAGGGAGCCCUCCCCAUGCUCGCCAGCAUGUUGUGAAAUCGCAGCUGCAGCCUGUGGCCCCCAGGAGGAACUUGCAUGGUUUCAGGAGCCAGAAGUGUCAAAGGGGCAUCUGCUGGCCCCAGGACCCUCCUGACCCGUCUGACGAGGGGGCUGCAGCUCCUGGCCUGCCAGCGCUCCCUGGCUCAGCCCUACCCUGCCCCAGGUCAUAGGGCAGCAUAUCCUCACACCAGGACCAGUGUUUGGCUCUGUAGUGUCCCCAGUUUGGUCCCCUUUAACACUGUCCCUGGGGCAGGUCUGCCAGCAAGUAGGGCUUCAGAGAGCUGGGCCUGGCCACCGUGGUUUGGGGGGUCCUUGUGCCCCCUGUAUCCCUCUGUCAUGCCCUGGCACUGCUGUGCUGUGCCAUGCUCAGGGAGGGAGAGGGCCUGUUGGUGCAGCAGUCAGGCUGUGGUUUGGUGGAAGGAUCCACAGAGUGGCUGGGGCCCUCCCAUGAACCCAGCCAGGCUGCUCCCCCCAUCCCUGUUUACAGUGUCAGCACCUCCAUGAGCCAUGCAGAACGUGAACGAGGCCAGACAUGUGUUUUCAUUUAGCCCAGACAAUGACUCGGCCUGGGCUGCGAGCGGAUGCGCUUGUCUCUAGACGUGGACCUGUCCCCAGUGCUGUGGGGACAGUGACCUGGCUUUGGCCCCUGCACGUGGCCUCGGGAUCGUGCAGCACCCGGCCCAGGGCACCCAGGAUGCAUUUGCAGCCCACACUGGGUGCCAGCUGGCCACAGUCCAUGACAGCCACUCAACCAUCGCUUGGCAGUCUCUCCUGGCCUCACUCACCCUCCUAGCCCAGCGCUGGCAGCUCCACAGCACCUGUUACGGCCCCAGGGCUGUGCCAGUGGCUGUCCCUGCUACCUGGUCCCUUCUUGUCCUCUGGGCUGAAGCAUCCCUGGGCCCCUGCUCUCAGCAUUGCGCUGCCCUCAGAGCAGCAGCACCACUGCUUCAGGCAGCUGGACCAGCAGGGAUCCUGCUGCUGUUGAGCCCCACGGUGGAGUUGGUGACCUGGAGCCCCAUCUCCAGGUGUCAUCCAGCAUCCCAGCGCUGUCAGUGCUGUCACCUCCCACGUGUUCCCUGCAGGCUCAGCCAGGGUUUGGGCCAAGUCCAGCUGCCCAGUUCUGCUGUUCCUCAUCCUGGAGGCCGAGCAUCUCUAUUCCUUCCCUCUACUGUGAGUAUCCGUGGCAGUGCUGUGGCAAGAGGCUGGCUCAGGAGCAGCUUCUGUGACCAUGGUGGUGGCUGUCCCUGCCAACACAUGCCCAUGACAACUGGCCCAGCUGUGCCUGAAAGCUGUGUCCCUGCCCAUUCCACGGGGACAAAGGCACUGCUGGGGAGGUGGAGCACACUCAGCAGCCAUCCAGGCACAGAGUAUGGGUACAGUGACAGCAGCAGCAUCUCGGCACCUCCACGAUGACACAAUGUGUGGGUUUUGACUGGGAUAGAGUCUGUUUUUUCCAUCUUAGAUGGUGUAGGGCAGUGUUUUAGAUUUGUGCUGGGAACAAUGUUGAUAACAGGGAUGUUUUUGUUACUGCUGAGCA